GCAGAACUUGCAAAAAAAGUGGCUAACAGACAGCUGAGUUAUCGCUUUGUGCGCCAAUGACCUGCAAUUUGUAGUGUUAUUUAUAAAUGCCACGUUGUCGCUUUAAUUAUGCAAAACAACAGGUGCAUUUUUAAUGGGCAGGACAUGCAGUGACAAGCUUGUUAUUUAUUUUUCUGCACAGUUUAGUUUUGCCUGCGAUUGAGCAAUGAGGCUUUUGCCCAAGCUGGGACGCAAAUUUCGUCGCUGGAAGAAGUUUAAGAAGUCCCCCUUGCUGAGGAAACUUGAUUUGCUACACGAAACCGCUCGCAAGCGUGCCUUCUUGGAAACCUCGCAGGAUUACAUAAGUCGACUGCAAGCCGAAUGCGAUGAAAAUGUGGUCACAAAAUUGCGUGGCAAAACCCGUGACCAAUUCCUCUACAAUGGCACUUUCCAUGAGGCUGUGGGCAAGGUGCUACUCACCGCCCAAUUCUUUGCCAUGAUGCCGGUCCGAGGCGUCACAGCGAAGCAUCCCAGCAGCCUGAGCUUCUCCUGGCUGCAUGUGCGCACCUGCUGCUGCCUGUUGUUUAUCACCUCCACCCUCAUCGAUCUGACCUUGACCAUCUUCAAGGUGUUGGAUGGACCCAUUAGCUUUAACAACAUUAAGCCCAUCAUCUUCAGAGGCUGCAUUCUGUUGGUCUGCAUGACAGCUCUCAAUUUGGCACGCAAGUGGCCCGAAUUGAUGAUGCACUGGCACGACAUCGAACAGGAUUUGCCGCAGUAUCAGACGCAGAAGGAAAAGUGGCGUAUGGCGCAUACGAUACACAUGGUCAUGCUGGUGGGCAUGAUGCUGUCCUUUGCGGAGCACUUGCUCAGCAUGAUUUCGGCCAUCAACUACGCCUCGGUUUGCAAUGUCACCGAUGAUCCCCUUCGGAAUUUCUUUAUGCUUACCAACGAUGAGAUCUUUUACUUCAUGGGCUACUCGCCGCCCUUGGCGUUGUGGGGCAAACUGCAGAAUGUCUACUCUACGUUCAUCUGGAACUAUAUGGAUGUGUUUGUAAUGAUUGUCAGCGUUGGUUUGGCAGCCAAGUUUCGUCAGCUCAACGACAAUUUACUAAAGUUCAAAGGAAUGCACAUGCCACCUUCAUAUUGGUCGGAGAGACGCAUACAAUAUCGUAACAUUUGCGGCUUGUGUGGUAAAAUGGACAAUGCCAUAUCGUUGAUUACCAUGGUCUCCUUUUCCAACAAUCUCUAUUUUAUAUGUGUUCAACUGUUGCGCAGUUUGAAUCAAAUGCCUUCGGUGACUCACGCUGUUUACUUUUACUUCUCGCUCAUAUUCCUGAUUGGACGCACGCUGGCAGUGUCCUUAUACGCAGCCAGCGUGCACGAUGAGUCGCGUUAUUCACUGCGCUAUUUGCGCUGUGUGCCCAAGGAUUCAUGGUGCUCCGAGACAAAGCGUUUUGCUGAUGAAAUCACCAGUGAUUUAGUGGCACUAAGUGGCAUGAAGUUCUUUCAUCUGACCAGGAAAUUAGUGUUGAGUGUAGCUGGCACUAUAGUCACCUAUGAGUUGGUGUUGAUACAAUUCCACGAGGAUCAGAAUCUCUGGGAUUGCGAUCAAAGUAAUUACUCGUAAUCGAUUUUUGUUUUGCA